AUGGUUGACAAAGAGGAGGAUAUCAAAAAUGAAUACGUCAAAUCCUCUCAGCCAUGGGCUAAUCUGCUUGCUGCCCUGAAAGGGUCGGGUUGGAAUGCGACAGCACAAUUGGGCAGGCCAACGGAAAAGAAUUUUGAGUACCCGGUUGCGAAACGUCGGACAAAGGAAAAUACAGAAGUCAUGCGGCGAUCAGAGGCUCAUCUGGAUGCGUUUUGGGUCCAGGUCGACAAACUAACAAGCGGAAAAGCGAGCGAUCCUACCGGUGUCGCAGUGAGAAAUCUUCUCGCAGAGCCACGCAUCUUGCAACGGACUCCUCCUUGGUCUGAGUCAAACAAGCGACCCACCGAGAACAUCGAGUCCUUGGUCACACCGUUGCCAGAGCUCUACUUUGAGCUUGAAUCCAGGACCUCGCGAACGAUAUCUUCUUCCGGUGCGCAAGGCCCACGAGUGAAAGUCAAGACCCGGGGCGUUUCCCAGACUGCCGGACCAAGCACUGCUGUUGCGGAGCCAGGGCCGAACCCGGCUGAUCUCCAACCGACCUUUGCCAUCGACCGUCGCGCUCUCAAGGUCUUCCGGACUCUGUUCUUUAUGCCUUCCGUCUAG